UCAAUUGUAGCCUCGCGGAAACGCAAGCUGCGCGAACUCUUUGCCGUUGCGACCGACCAUGAUGGCAUCCCCGACCACGACUUCAGCGAUCCCGACGCGCCUCCGACCACGCCUGCCGAGCAAAAAUUCCUAAGCGAAGCCGACAUUCUCCAGGGUCGACGACUGAACGAGCUCACCAUACCGGCGCGCCGGAAGACCUUGUUCGACGCACAACAGCUGCAGGUUGUAUCCAAGCCGACGACAGGCGAGAAUGCUAGCUUCCCUGCCUUUCAUAAACCGGUGGAGAAUGGACUUCCCACGGUCGAGGGACUGACUCCCCAACCCCGGACUGCCACCGGGUCAGCGUCGCCGCGGGUUAUCGCAAAGCCCUUGCCAGCCGGCCAGGGAGUUCGAUCGCUGAGUCCUAUCACUAAGGCACAGAAUGCGGCGCUGGGCGCACUCUCCGCGGAGGAUGUACCUGUUCAUCCAUCGGAUCGCGGCCAGGUCAACGGGGUCCCCCGUAGCCAGGAGCCGCCUGCACAUGUCAGGACAACCGUGCCGCCGAUGCAACCCCUUAUCAUCACCCAGCAGGUGCCUCGUAUUGAUGUCCCAGUUUUUCGUGCGGACUCCGCCUCUCUGCCUGUGCAGCGCGACGAGAUGCGGCAGUCGAAGGUUCCCGAACCAACAGUCUUCGCACAACAACCGUCUGCCGUGGACUCUUCUCGCUACAUGGAUGCAUUAUCAUCUCCAGAUUCCACUGCUCACUCGGCACCCACCCCCGCCGUGCACGACGCUUCGGCAGACACUAGUCCGGACAACGAAGGACCGCAGGAUCUAGAGAAGAACGAGGAGACAGGCAACAUCAUAUCAGAAGGAGGCGGCAAGUCAGAUGGGCCAAGUGCGUCUGCAAUUGCUGGAACAUCCAAUAGCCUACCUGAGAAAGCCGAGCCGUCUACAACCGCCCCAGGCCAGACGACUGUUCCCAGAGACAGCACCUUUGAGGAACAACAGCAUACAUCGGCAGCUGCAGCAGGAUACAGACAACUAAAUGGCCAGCCGCCGCCAACCUUUCUGUCCGGAUUAUCCACGGCUCCGGGCGACACCCGGGAUAAGGGUCAGGAUGCCAUAAUUCCAAUGGACAUCGAUAAGCCAAGUGUCGCCACCACUCAAGAUGAAAGUUUAAGCGGUGCUGGUCCGGUACAAAAGUGUCGAGGUGCGACUACGGGCCCGGUUGCUAGGACCGUUCCAGAUACGACUCCGGCCACCGACGCAUCUGCCAAGCCCUCAGCAAGCCCUGUCGGCGAGCCGUCAAAGCGGAUAUCGGGAGUUGCAAACGGACCUCGUGGGAAUCAGGAUGAGGCUACAGUUCCUCGAGCUCCUUCUUUCAAGACCAAGGUACUCGCUCCUAAGAAUCGCGACAGACGACGAAGGAGCGUCCCAACCGUGAUUUUCGGAAAACAGCCCAAGAGCUCAAAGGUUACGGACGAUGGCACGGUUGUUGUCAACCAGCAACAGCUAGGACAGAUCCCCUCCGACGACUACUUCACCCCCUUAUUCAUUGAGGGUUUCACCAGGCAAUCGACAUGGAUGAAGCCGAUCGAGAAACUCAUCAACCAGGCACAUAAGACAUUAUCCACAUCUGACCAGUACAUCUCGAUCCUGGACCACCAAGCCUGCAAGAUCUUGCGUAGAGUUUAUCACCUCCAGCAACACGACAAGUGGUCUUUGAGGCAGCCGAUACGAUGUCCCGAGCCCACAAGACCAGCAUCGCACAUGGAUGUUCUUCUUCAAGAAAUGAAAUGGAUGCGAACCGACUUCCGCGAAGAGCGCAAGUGGAAGCGAGCAGUUGCACGAAAUCUCGCUCACGCAUGCGCGGAAUGGGUUCACUCGAGCCCGGCCGACCGAUUCGCGCUGCAGGUGAAUGCAGUAAUCCCACCGCGGCCGGUAGCCGGUGAGGUUGACCGGACGAACACCGGCCGUUCAGAGGCAGCCGGCGAAGGUCUGCCCGAUCUCGUCCACACCGACUCGCCGGCGGAGUACGAUGAAGAGGCGCCAGAAAUCCCUGUCGAUUUUGUUGCACCAGCGGCUAUAUUUGCUCUUCCAGACGAUGAGGUUGUUUUUGAACUCCAACCCUCCAAAACUGCCGACCUUCUCUUGGAGAAUCUUCCUAUGCAUAGCUCGCCUUUGAAGGUGCCAAAGUUUGACGUUUCGGGCACCGAGUACGACCCGGAUGCCCGCUGGAAACGGCCGGCGGUGCCACUGAGCAAGUAUGUCGAAGGGGAAAUGGCUAUGGCGAGCAAUGGGCCGCCCCGCAAGCGUCGGCGGUACGACUAUCUCGCAGAAGACGACGACGACGAGGCGAUUUUCGGGACCGAGCUGGACACUGGUGCAGAACUCCAGGCCGAAAACAGCAAGGUUGCCUUGUUCAGUCCGGAGAUGAAGGGGAUCCGGGAUCGCCUGCACGCUGGCCAUCAGUUCCGGCCACCUACAGAGCAUCCCAUGCCCCCCCAGAGCUUCUUCGAAAGCCGCACAGCAUCCCAGUGGACGUGGGCCGAGGACGAGCAGCUCAAAACUCUUGUCCGCGAGUGCUCGUACAAUUGGUCGCUGAUAUCAACCAUGGCAACCACUUCGUCGAAAUUCGCCUCAGGCGCCGAGCGGCGUACGCCCUGGGAGUGCUUUGAGCGAUGGGUGAGCCUCGGGAGCCUAGAGGGCCUGCCAAACGAUAUGGCUAGGACGCCUUACUUCAAGGCCUACCAAGCCAGAAUUGAUGCAGCUCAGCGGGUCAUUGCACAGCAAAACCAAAACGCACAGCAGCAAGUUGGACCCAAUGGUGCGGUUACGCCGGUACCCAGGCGAAGACCGACCACGAGCAUUCGCGUCGAACGGCGUCGCAACCAGAAGCAUCUCGCGCUGAUUGACGCCAUGCGGAAGUUGGCCAAGAAGCGAGAGGCGACGGCCCAAAAGGCCCAGCAGGCAGCCAACCUGGCAGCCAUGCGUAAAGCCAACGAAGUGCCACGGCAACAGAUCCAGAACAAGACGCCGAGGGACUACAGCAUCAUGAGAUGGGAGCGAGACCAGGCUCUCGCAGAGCGGAUGGCUGCAUACGCCAUUCGACAAGCGGACGCAAAUGCUAGGAGAUUGCAAAAGCAGAAUCAUCCCAGCCAAGUGCCCGGCACGCCAGGCGCCGCAGCUGCUCCCCAGGCGGCGGCGCAGCUCGCUGCAGCAAACUCGCUUAACAACGCCGCUCGUCUCAAUGUUUCCGGGCAGCUUGCCCUGGCUGGGCAGGGCCGCACCCCAGGACGGAUCUCGAUACCGGCCACGCCAGGGGCGGCUCCUGCUGCUGCGCGGUCGAUCCAGAACCAGCAGCGGGCGGCCAUCCAGCAACUUCAACAACAGCAGACCCAGCAGGCACAGCAACCGCAGCAGCAACCGCAGCAGCAGCCGCAGCAACUCUCACAGCAGCAGCAGCAGCAGCAGCAACAACAGCAACAACAAGCUGCUCAACAACACGUGCCACAACAGAUGGCGCAGCAGCAACAACCGCAGAACAACCAGCAAGCACAGCAACUGCCCCAAGCAAACGGGGCGCAAGGCUCGCCGACGCCGUUGCGCAAUGUAGUGAAUGGAAUUAACCAGGGGGCGUUCCUGACGAAUGCGCAAGCCAUGAUGGCAUCGUUCAAUGCGGCCAACGGCGCUGGUUUAGUUGGCUCACCCGGCGCUGGCUUGACGAUGCCCGCCGCCAUACCGGGUCGAUCCCCCGGGAGCAUCCUGAGUCACCAGAUUACGCAGCGACUUGCCGAACUUGAAGCACAUUACCGGGCGAAAAAUCCCAACCUUCCCCCCGAGACAGUCCGGCAGCUAGCCACUGAGCAUUUGGGUCGCAUCAUCGUUCAGACCCAGCAGCAGGCAGCAAUGAACGCGGCAGCAGGCGCCGCCGUCGCGCAGCAGCCGAUGAAUAGUCCGCAUCAGUAUGCCUCGCUCCUCCGAGCUCAGCAACAAGCCCAGGCGCAGCAGGCCGCCCAACAAGCCGCACAACAGGUCGCCCAGCAACAGCACGCAGGGCAGCACCAAAGACAGCCAAGUGGGAGCGCCACACCAGCACCUGGCAAGUAA